AUGCGCUUCUUGAUAAUAUUUUCGCUAUUUUUUGCAACUUCGCUUGCACAAGAUAAUUCUUGGCUCUGCGAAUCACUAAUCUGCGAUCCGCCGAAGAAAUGUGUACUUAUUGAUCAGGUUGCGCAAUGUCAAGUAGACGAAUCAGCAACUCCAGCGCCAUUCGGUACAAUUAAUGGUGGUCAAUCUCUAUUUCCUUCUCCUGGAGACAACACACCACCACCGUUUACAUUUCCUUCUCCAGCUCCGCCGGCGCCUCAAAACACUCCGCCACCAUUCACUUUUCCAACACCAGCUACAACUCCACCAACUCUUAUACCAAACCCUACAACCACUCCACCAUCUCCGUUCGCACCAUUUUUAAACUUUUUAAAUGGUGGAAUGGCGAGUGGAGGACCAGCACCAACUCUUCUACCACCAUUCACCCUUCCAACUCUUCCAACAACACCUCAGCCACCAACAACUCCGCGAAUCGAUAUUUGCUUACUUCCGCCAGUUACUGGAUCUUGCAGUCGUGCCAGAAUAAUGUGGUACUACGACAACGAAUCUCGAAGAUGUGAGAGAUUCAGUUGGAGUGGGUGUGGAAACGAGAACCGAUUCACAAGCAAGCUUCAAUGUGAGCAAACUUGCUCUCAAACAUCACUUUUCCGUGGAAAUUAG